AAGUUGAUGAUAUAAUAUCAAAGGUUAAAAGAUUAUUAAAUGAAGAAAGUUUUAAAAAUAGUGCUAAAAGAUUACAAUUUUUAGCUAAAGUUAAUAGUAAAAGAAAACAUAGAGCUGCUGAUUUAAUUGAAAUAGUUAUGAAUACUGUAAGGUAUGAAGGUGUUAGGGAUGAAAAUGGUGAAUUUAGGGUUGAUAAUGCAAAUUUAUUAAGAGAUUGGAUUAUACCUGAUAUGAGGAUUGGUUAUGAUGUUUAUGGUGUUGCUAUUGCAUUAUGUGGUGGAUUUGCUCCACGGUUGCAAAGGCAGUACAAGGACUUAUAUUGGUAUAGGCUCCACAACUGCAAAGGCAGUGAAAGACCUAAAAUUCUAAUCCGAAAGUUCGAGAGUCGUAAAAAGCAGGCUGCAAUAGAAGGGCAAGGACCUUAUGUUCAG